GAUGGGGUUCAUUUUCUUUCUGAACCAGAGGCCUCGCAAGUCUCUGAGGAAUCUGCAUUUAUUGCAGAAUUGUUUUCUACAUCUGCCCCUCCUCCGGAUGUGGUAGAAUUUUCUGAGUAGAUCUUAUUGAUCUUAGAAUCACCAUAGUUUAAAAUUUCUUGUGUUUUAUUUAUUUUAUUUUAUUUAUUUCACAAUGGCGAAUCAAUCGUUUUCUAUUCUCACAUUGAAUAUUCAAGGCCUUCGGGCUCCUCAUCAUCGUACAACCUUGUUCUCAUGGUUGAACUGCGUUCAUGCUGACAUUAUUUGCCUCCAGGAAACUCAUUCAACGACUGUUGCCGAAUUUGAGUCAUGGGUUCGCUUGGAAAAUAAUGCUGGUAAUAAUCUCCAACACUACUCCGUCAUUUCAUCUCCUGGAUCGGUGCGUAGUGCUGGAGUUGCUAUCCUUUUUAAGCCUUCCUUGAAGCUUGUUACUACCUUUCAUGAUAAUGCUGGCCGUCUCGUGAUUGCUCACUUUUCUGACCCUUCUUGUGAUUCUUCUCCCUUUCAAGUUGUUAAUAUUUACGGGCCCAACCGUCGUCAACCUGGUGAAGAUUUCUUUACGUCAAUUCUACCGCAGAUUGAUCCUUCUCUUCCCACUUUUUUGUGUGGUGACUUUAAUACGGUUGUUGACCCUCAUAUUGAUCGUAGGGGCUGUAAUCCCUCGUCGUAUUGGGCAUACAAUUGGCCGCAGUCUUUGUCCCUUUUAACAUCGCAAUUAGAUUUGGUUGAUGCUUGGCGAAAUCGUCAUCCUACGGAUCGCCAUUUUACUUGGCAUCGCCCCUGUGGUUCACAAGCUUCACGUUUAGACAUGGUUUGGAUCUCUUCUAAUCUUUUAGAACAUGUUCAUCAAGUUGAGAUUCUGCCCUUUUUCAGGUCGGACCACUCUUAUGUUUUCCUUAGCAUUUCUUUGCCAUCCAUACCAACACGGGGUCCGGGAACAUGGAAACUCAACUCUUCUUUGUUAACUGAUGAAGAUUACAUUGCGGAAGUUCGUGUCUUUUGGCAAAUGUGGCAACAACAAAAAGCUUCCUUCCCAUCCUUGGCCGUUUGGUGGGAUGAUGGGAAAAAACGAAUUAAGGCACUUUCUCGUAGAUUUUCGUCUUGUACAGCUCGUGCUUGUCGUGGCCAAAUUAAAUCUUUGGAAACUUGUUUAUUUCAUCUUGAACAUCGUAAGCAUAAUGGGGAGGAUGUUGAUGCCUUGCUGUCGCAGACCAAGACUGAUCUUGAACUCGAACUUUUACACUCUGCUGCAGGUGCUAAGAUACGUGCCAAAGAACAAUGGGCUGAGGAAGGUGAAACAUCCUCGAAGUAUUUUUUCCAACUGGAAAAGUCUCGGGCUGUUAAGAAAGUAUUCACUGGCAUUAAAAACUCACAGAAUGUGGUAGUCCGUUCAAUUUCAGCAAUCAUUCGUGUUUGGAUUUUAUUCUAUGUCCAACUUUUCACUGCCUCUGUGCUUGUUCCUAGUGACCAGGAUUUUUUUAUCAACUCAUUAGAUCUUUCUUUGUCCCGAGCUGACGCUGAUCUUUGCGAUGGUUUGAUUACAGAGGCCGAAUGUUCACAUGCGCUUUCUCAGAUGCGUCAUAACAAGUCUCCUGGUAUAGAUGGUCUGCCAUACGAGUUUUAUUCUUGUUUCUGGCCUAUCCUAGGCACUGAUCUUCUCUCUGUUUACAACAAUAGUUUUUCACUUGGUCGUCUUUCUUUUUCCCAACGAACGGGAUUAAUCACCCUCCUGUUUAAGAAAGGGGAUCGUUUAGAGACAAAGAAUUGGCGUCCAAUCUCAUUACUUUGCACAGAUUAUAAGAUUUUGGCAAAAGUCCUUACCAACCGUCUUCUCCAUGUCCUUCCUUCUGUUGUACACCCUGAUCAAACUUGUGGUGUUCCUGGCCGUUUUUCCAGUGAAAAUGUCCGUACCCUCAAAGAUAUUAUUAGUCAAGCUAACCAGACCAACUCCGCUGCAGCCAUUAUUUCUCUGGAUCAAGAGAAAGCUUUUGAUCGUGUCGAUUGGUCCUUUAAGUUGCGCGUUUUGGACAAAAUGAAUUUCGGCGUUUCCUUUCGAUCUUGGGUUAAGUUGCUCUAUACAGAUAUUUUUUCUAGCAUCUUGAUUAACAACUAUGUUAGUGAACUUUUCCCUGUUACUCGAGGUGUCAGACAGGGAUGUCCUCUGUCCCCUCUCUUGUACGUCUUGGUCGCGGAAACAAUUGCUAGCGCUAUUCGCAAGGAUUCGUCCAUUGAUGGCUAUUUACUCCCGGCUGGUCGUCGGAUUAAAGUUUUUCAGUACGCAGAUGACACAAGUAUAAUGGUUCAAUCUGAUAAUUCUAUUCGUGCUCUUUUUUCCUUGUUCGACCGCUACGAAAGGGCGUCGGGUGCAAAGCUUAAUGUUACCAAAUCACAUGGUCUUUUGAUUGGUUCAUGGAAACAUCGCACUGAUCUUCCGGUUCCAUUAAACUGGUCUAAUAUUUCCGUUACAGUGCUUGGGUGUCAUCUCGGUAAUGAUUUAUCGGUGGAUUGGGAUUCUUUGAUUGUAAAAUUUGAGGAUCAAUUACGCCUUUGGAAACAUCGUCAGCUCUCAUUCCGUGGUCGUGCUCUCAUUGCAAACAGUCUUGGGUUGAGUGCUUUUUGGUAUCAAGCUACUAUUUUUGAUGUCCCUAACCUAAUUGUCAAACACAUCAACAAGAUCUUGUUUCCCUUUGUGUGGAAUAAGAAGAAAGAGUGGAUGGCACGGUCUUCUGUUACCCAACCUCUAACUGCUGGCGGCCUAGGGUUGGUGGAGGUGUCACGUAAAAUCACAUGUCUUCGUGCUGUUUGGCUUCGUCGUCAUUUUUCUGGUAGUGUCCAUCAUUCGUGGUCCAGCUUUUUUGAGCAUCAUGUUUCUUUAGUUUUUCCCAACCAUGAUGUGGCCUCUUUGUUUGUGUGUGAUCACAUCCCUGCCUAUCGAAUCAAGCGCCUCCCUCCCUUUUAUGCCUCAUUGGUGCGCACAUGGGUGGACUUAAAAGGUUCAAGAGUUGGUCAGCAAUGGAUCGUUCCUCGUCCUGGUCUUGAUCCCCUCCCUGUUGGAGAGGUGUCGGCCCGGAUCAGUUAUUCUCUUCUUUCUCAGUACCAACAUACAGAGCAUCGAUCUGUGGCCAAGUUUACUGAUCUUGGUAUUACCGUCCAUUGGAAGGAGGUCUGGGUCGGCCUUUGCCUCUGGAGAUUUGUUCGAUCUGUUCAGGAUACCGCAUGGCUAUCAUUUCAUGGCAUUCUUCCUACAGCUGAUCGCCUGGUUCGUUUUGGGAUGAACAUCAAUCCUUCGUGUUUCUGUGGUCAACCUGAGAAUUUAAUUCACCUUUUUGUCCAAUGUCCAUUUGCUACGGAGAUCCUUCAAUGGUUUCUUGUCCGUUUCGUAACUGGAAACCGGCGGCGGUUCUUACCGAUGCAGAGAUUUUGUUUGGGUUCUCAGCUACCUCUCGUGUUCCUUUGGUCUUUACUGCUUUGUUGGGCGUCCUGCGUCAUCACAUCUGGUUGGCCCGCAAUAGUCAUCGUUUUGAUGGUGUUGCUCCAAAUGUCCCCAACACCCUUCGGAAAGCUCGAUCCACAUUUCGGUUCCUAG